GGCAAAAAAAUCAAAAAUAAUGCCUCUGUCUAAUAAAUACAAAAAAGUUAAAAGGCCAACUGUCUUGGUGAAAAGGAACCAAAUGAAAAGGAAGUCAAUUUCCAAGCCACGAAAUUUAUUGUAUGAAAAACUAAAAGCCAAUAAUAAUGCUCUUGCACGGGCAUUAUCAAAAGAAAAACAAGACCAUCAAUAUACAUUUUCUCAUAGUCUUGCGUUGACAAAUCAAAUUCAAGAUAUGCAAGUGGCAAUAAAUAAACGUGAUGAAAUAUUAUCAAAAAUACUUCAGAAUUCAAAGCAAGGUUUAGAAUUACUCGUAAAAGCGACAGGUUUUCUCACAGAUACAAUACAAUCCUGUCGAACUAUCGUCCAAACAGAUCCAAUUAACGUACGUACAAAUUUGUCUCGGAGUCCAAUGCCACAAAGAGACUCGUCAAGACAAUCCGUUAAAUCACCAGCACGCGGAGUUGUUCAGCCGAUGGUUAGUGGCCACACAAUAACAAAACCAGUCAUCAAUUUAAGCAGAAUAAAUAUGCCCCGCAUACGUACAUCACCAAAUUUAAGUGAUAUUGAAGAAAGUAUAUCAACACCUGAACGCAGCUCACUUAGAAUUGACAACAACGCUUCAUCAGUAGAAACAACAGUAACCGGUACUAGUUCAACAGCAACUAGUUUUGUAAGAUUGCCAGCCAGUCAACAGAAUGGUUUUCCAACCAGACGCGUAGAAAGAUUGUUACCUGAAAGGAUACGUAGGUCAACAGCAAGAAUAAGCGAUGAAGUUGAUGAUUUAUCUGAAAGUAAUUCCAGCAGGCGAUCUAAAAGUAGACGUACUAGUCGAUAUUCACGACGGGAAUCACGUAAUUCGGAACGUUUGUCUGUCAACCAUGAGCCACGUUUCAACCAUGAAUCUCUACCGGAAAUGUUUAAAAGCCCGCGUGUUGCAUUACAAGAUGUAUCCCGUUUCCUUCGCAAUAAUGCACAAACUGUCAAUGUAAAAACAAUUUUUGAAAACGAUAAUACAUCUGGUAAUUUAAGUUCAAUGGAAAUAUCUACAAUUGUUGAACCGACUAAUGAUCAGAAUAUUUCUGUACAAAAUGAUGAGAGUUUGGAGAAUAUUAAUAAAUUAUCAGAGUCCUGGACAGCUCCCACUUAUGGUUUUGAUUCAAGGAAGAAUGACUCAAAAAAAUCUAACAAACCAGAUGAUCCAUUGGAAGGUUCUAGUUGGAUGCAUACUUCCGAAUCUCUUGAUAUUGAUGAAGAUAAUUCUAAUAAUCACAGCACUCUACAAGCUUCUAAUAGUUCGAAUGUUAAUUCAUCAGCAACGUUUGUUAUUACAUCAAAAACUGAAGCAACAUUAGAAAUAGCAACAAAUGCAGAUCAAACUGUCGACGAAGAAGAUCCUAACGAUUCUUCGCGGAUUGAGUGGGCUGAAAACAGAUGUACUGUCUCAUCGUCGAGUAGUGAUAGUGAAGAAGACUCCAAUGAUGAUGAUGAUGUUGAUGACAUUCAAUAUUCAAAAUUUUUUUCGGUCAACACAAGAAAUCGAAAAAUGAACAGUUAUGUUUCUGAUGGGGAUAAUAAUCAUGAUAAAUCAAAAAAUUUAUCUAAAUAUUCAUCUACUGGUGUAGAAAGUCCUAAGAGUCGUAAAUUUUCCACUCAACAUAACAACGAUGAAAACAAUGAGGAUGAAGUUGAUGACGAUGAUGACGGUGAAAAAUGUGGUAAUUGGGGUCGAUUAGCCGCUUCAAUUAACACACGAACUAGGAGAACUGAUGAUAAUGAAGCCAAUAAUAAUAAUAAUAAUAAUAAUAAUAAUAAUAAUCAUUUAUUACGAAUAUCGUCAAAUGUCACUACGGAGCGAAGUCGUCAACCAAUUGAUAGUGAUGAAGACUUUACAAUGAUUAUAAAAAAAAGACCUUGUCCUAGUCGUAAUCUACCUUUCGAUAUUAAUGAACUAAACUUACCGGUCUUAGAGAGGCCUCUUGUUGAAACACCUCAGGUUGAUCCUGAACCAGAGUUUACAACUGACAUAAAUAUGGUAACUCAAGUUAUAAAUUCAACAAUGCCCAGAGGAGCUAUAAGAGAAUCAUUGAUUGAUAAUUCGUCUGUGUUAAUCCCGCAAAUAAAUGAAACGUUAAGUCGUACAUCUACAGAGAUGGAUAGACUUAACAAUACUACUAGGACUUCCGGAGAGUCUUUCAUUGGCUAUCCUGACAUCUUGAAAAGAAAAAGAAGAAAUAAGCAUCGACUUGUUUCUUCCAGCGAUUCUGAACCAUCCAGUCCUCUAGAAAUUGUGUCGAAAUGCAAGCGAAAAAGUACUAAAAAAAAAGAUCCCAGUACGGCUAAGGUUGUACUUGAAAAAUUGGAAGAAAGCAAAAAAAUGUUGUCAAUUACAUCACGAACUUCUUCGAAUUCCUAUUCAACACUACAAGUGGACCAACAAAGUGAUUCAGAUAGCAGCAACGCCAGUAGUAAGAUUUCUGGUCGACCAAGGAGACGAAAGGCACCUACAAAUUUAAGAGAACCACCUUUGGGAACUAAAUUAAGACGACACUAA